AUGACCAACACUCGCCCCAAACGACGACGACGGCUUACCAAGCGAGCGCGAGACGCUGUGGAUGCUGGCAUUAUGCCUGACCUUGGCGCUGUUGGUGACAGCGACGAGUCUGUCUCCGAUGCCAGCCAGUCUGGCUCUGACUCUGAACCCCCGCCCACCCAGGAUAUGGCAUCUGCAUCAUCAACACCCACGACCGCGCCGGUAAACCCUUCCACAGCUUCGAAGGAUGCGGCACGCUUGUCUCGGUUCGCAGCCAGGUACAAGACUGAGACUCGCACUGACGAAGAGGUCCUUGCGGCGCAGCGAAACGCUUGGACUUCAAGAUGCUACGACCAUUUCGACUCGCCGACCAUCAAACGUGAGGGUGACAAGGUCUGGUACAUUUUUACCUGCAAGGCUCAUCCCAGUGUCUCCAUCACUCGUGCUCGCCACGACGAGAGCACGGGUAACCUCAAGCGCCACGUCGACAAAUGUGUCCCAGCAGACUCCUCUGAGGUGCAGGCAAUGGCCACCUUCACAGCGGGCCACAAGUUCAACAAGCUCCGGCAUCGGGUCCUCCUCGCCAUUUGGGUUGCAAAGCAACGUCGGCCGUUCUCCAUUGUUGAAGAUCCUGAACUUUUGCAGAUCUUCAAGGAGCUCAACACCCUCGUCGAAACGCCUUCACGUAACAUGGUAUCCCGAGACGUCCGGGAGAUCUUUACCAUUACACGCGAGGCACUCAAGAAGAGUCUUCAGGAUUACCCGGGCAGGCUUAAUCUUGCCGCUGAUGGAUGGACCAGUCCGAAUGUCAUCUCGUUCCUUGGUGUCACGGUCCAUCGCUUGAAGGAUGCCUCGAUUAACGCGACCCUUCUCGACUUCAUCAAGCUGAAGAAGGCUCACACUGGACAAUAUCUUGCGUCCAAGUUGAUGGAAUGUCUGCAUGAGUUUGGGAUUGCCGAUAAGAUCCUCGCGUUCACCGGUGACAACGCUUCGAACAACGAUACAAUGCUUGAAGAACUGAAGGAGCUCAUGCCGAGCUUCCGUGGUCCUGAGGUCCAGUCUGUCAUGUCACCCUUUGCGAAGGCGAAGCGUGGCCCCAACGACGAUGUUGAUCCUGAGGUUGACAACCCAGCUGAAGAAGACAGUCAGUCCACCGCACACCCUGAUGUCGAGGUACCCCCAAGUGAGGACCAAGAUGGUGAUGACGACGACGAUGUCAGUGACGAUGAUGACGACGAUGACGGCGAGUUCGAAGUACCCGAGGGCCUCAUUGAGAGUGACCAGAGGGAGGUUUCGGACCUUGUGAGGGAGAUUGAGGCAGAUUUUGUCUCGCGCCUUGAUCCUCUCUCUGCUGCCGACGCAAAGGUUGCGCAGAGUAGUAUCACAAAGCUCCGGAAGCUCGCCAUCAAGAUUGUUCAUAGCCCCACUAUCUCUGAAGACCUCAAGGCCUGCUGUGAGCGCGUCGGUGUCUUUGCAAAGAAGAUGGUCCGUGAUGUUCCAACCCGAUGGAACAGUACUGCGGAGUUACUCGACCGUGCCUUGGAGCUCCGUGCUGCUCUGGACCGCCUCUGUCUCAUGCCAGAGCACAACCGUUCUCGAGGGGCUCGCCUCAAGCAGUACCGACUGUCUCCCGAUGAGUGGAAAGUCUUGGAGCAGCUUGCUCCCCUUCUCGAUGGCAUUCUCUACGCGACAAAGGAGGUCUCCAAGUCGAGCAUCCCGCUGAUCCACGAAGUCAUCCCCUUUAUCGACUCGCUCACCUCAAUGUUUGACGAAUUCAUCGAUAACACUGAGCGCCAUCCCGCUGUCCGCCAUGCCGCAUUACGUGGUCUCAAAAUGCUGAACAAGUAUUAUUCGAAGACUGACAAGAGCAUCGUGUAUCGUAUUGCUAUGAUUCUCCAUCCGGGUUACAAAACGAACUAUUUCAUGACAGCAAAAUGGGAACCGGAGUGGAUUGUGGCGGCCAAGGCCAUUGCACGAGAUGAGUGGGUAACAUACUACAAGUCUGCUAUCACCCCCGCAUCUUCGACCUCCACACCCGUGUCAUCGUCGUCGGCUACUGCGGGCAAUGAUAAGGAUGGUCGCUUUGCGGUAACGCGCAAGCAUUUCACUUUGGUCCACUCGCGUUCGGUGACCUCUGCAUCUCUUGACCCUCUCGAGGAAUGGAUGGCUUCCCCUCCGAUUCCUGGGGUCAUUGAUCCUCUCAAGUACUGGUCUCAGAUGCAGGCGGCUGGUCAUCCACUUGCACGUAUGGCUUUGGACUUUCUCACUAUACCGGACAGCUCUACCCGUGCUGCUACUGUAUUGGGGUCUUGGGCCUCACAGUCGUUGGUCCCUCUUGACACUGUCCUCGAGAUCUUUAAGGAGAAGGUCCGCCGUCGUCCCCAGCGGAAGAAGGUUCGCAUGGAUGCAGGUGACACUUCUACUGUCAUCGAGCUGGUUGAUUGA